AUGAAGGCAUUAUCAGAGGAUACCAAUGAUCUCCCUGUCCUCAACAAGGGUGCCGCACACGUGCCCAUCCCACCGUCAGACAUAUACUCGGACGUCAAAACAGGCGUCAAGGCAAACGUCAACUCGUCAAGCAGCUAUAAGACGCGGGUCCUAGCCAAGUUCCUUGACCGCAGUAUCGGCGGCAACGCGAAGCUCAAGGGGCACAAGUCCGACAAUGUGGUUCAACUUAUUCGCAACCUGGACGACUUUGCUGACGACUACCUCAUUGCGGCUUCAAAGCUCGGUGUCACAGCAGCCCGAUUUACCUGCUCGACGCAUCACACAUUCCCUCAAAGGGAGGGGUUCCUGCGACAAAUUCCAGAUGUUGAAGUCGUUCUGGUGGUCCUCAUAUGCCUCAAGGUGACGCUGGUGAUGACGCUGGUGUGA